CCUGGAGCCUGUCCCAUUCGCCUGUUAGAGAUAAGAUGCCCCGUUGCUGCAGCUAGUGAUUUUAGCUCGAAACGGGGCUCUCGCCAUGGAGCUGCCGCUCUCCCCUCCGCGCGCCCACGCCGCCCUCUUCUCCUGCGGCUCCGCGCCCAUCAUCUUCGGGCGCCGCUCCCACUCCGCCACGCCGAGGCGCCGCGCUUGGCCGCUUCAAGCCCGCAGGAACAAGAACUACCGGAGCGACGAGGACGCCGGCGGCGCCGCGGAGCCCAAAAUUAUCACCCUCGGCCGGCCGGGGAAGAGCCGGCGGCGCCGCAACAGGAAGCAGCAGCAGCGGCAGAAGGAUGAAGCCGACGACGGCGAUGAGGAGGAGGAGGAGGACGACGACGAGCGCGACGCGACGAUCCCGGAGGUGGUGACGAACCGGAUGAUGCGGCGCGUGGGGGUGUCGGUGGGCUUGCCGCUGGCGCUGGGCGUGGGCUUCUUCCCGGUGUUCUACUACCUCAAGGCGGUGCAGAAGGUGGACGUGCCGACGUGGAUCCCCUUCGGCGUGUCCUUCGUCUUCUUCGGCGCCGCGCUGCUGGGGGUCAGCUACGGCAUCGUGUCCGCGAGCUGGGACCCCGCCAGGGAGGGCUCCCUGCUCGGCUGGACCGAGGCCCGCCGCAACUGGCCCGUCUUCUGGGACUCGCUCCGGGGGCGCUCGCCUCCUCGCCGGGGAUAGGAUAGCUAGCUAAUCAAGGCCAGUAAUCCACCCUCUUAUCGUUCCUACAUUUUCUACAGUACUUGUCAUGGCCAUUCUUGCAGAGUACCUUGCGGUAGAUGUAGAGUGUUCUUGCGUUGAUCUUUUCAGGCUACAAGUGGUCUGAUAGCAUCUCAUUGCAUCGAUCAUGCUACAAGUGACCAGUUCACGCCUGUUGCCAAGAUGAAAUUAGUGCUCAACUUCAAUGGAUUCUUGGAACUUGGAAUUGCAAACUAGGCUGGGAGACUGUUCAUCUGUGCAACUGUUGUGCCAAUCGACCACCAUGCACCGCGCCGUCGUCGUGCGGAGACAGCGCCGUGCGUGCACGCAGCCAUGGCUCAGCUCGGCGUUGUUCCUUCCUUCUGCGGGAGUCCAAUAAUGCCGUGCUCUCUUAGUAAGAGACUCUUAUCCAUUACCCAUCAGUAGUAUAGCCUGUAGCAAACUCUGUUUUUUGGCGUUGCUGCAAUUGGGGAUCACUUGAUAUUUUUUUUGUAUCAAUUCUAGUAUAUCUUCGUUCACUCUUCUCCACGUCCAUUGCAAAUAACUUCAAACACAAAGAUUUCCGAUA